AAAGCAGUCAUGCGACUACCUGGCACUUUUCGUAGAGUUCGGGCCACAAAGUAGCGGCUUUCAGUACGAUGAGUGAGUUCGAGAACCCUCCGGCUGAAAAUAGCGCUCGUGAGCGCUUUGGUGACAGCUUUGACGAGCUUCAGUUGGAGUCGAAGCUCGCAGCAUCUCACGCGAAAUCGUUGGCAAGGGCGCAUCCGAUUGUCACUCCAAUCUAUCAUUCUACCACUUAUCGCUUCGAUACUAUAGCACAGUAUAAUGAAAGUAACCAUGGAUCUAACUAUGUCUAUCAACGAUGUGGCAAUCCCACCACGGACAAUGUCGAAGUGAUCAUCAAAGAGCUCGAGCAGGGUGCUGCCACUUUGCUCUACAAUUCGGGACUUGCAGCAUGUUCGGCUGUAUUGCUCGAGUUUCUGAAUGGUGGAGAUCAUCUGGUGUGCAUGAAGCCAAUGUACAGCGGAUCCUACUCGUUCAUAACGGAAACGCUGGUUCGUUUCGGUGUCAGUGCUGAUUUUGUUGACAUCGAUAGGGAGAAGGACUUCCUUGGAGCUAUGCAAGCAGCUAUGAAGAAAAAUACAAAGAUGAUCUUUGUCGAAGUGAUUGCGAAUCCAUCGAUGGCGAUGCCCGAUUUACUCGGGGUGAUAGAGUUGGCAAAGAAGCACAAGGUGUUAUGUUUUGUGGAUGCUACAUUUGCUUCACCAAUCUGUGUGCAGCCCAUCGUUUUAGGAGCCGAUUUUGUUAUGCAUAGCUGCUCCAAAUACAUCGGAGGUCACACUGACGUCAUUGCUGGAUGUGUCACGACAAAAUCCAUGAAACACUGGGAACGACUGAAAAUGCAACAAUUUAGCACCGGCAGCGCUUUGUCACCUUUCGACGCCGCUUUGGUGGCCCGCGGUCUAAAGACCUUGCCACUGCGUAUUGAUAAGAUCUCGUCGAACGCCAGUGCCGUAGCGCAUUUUCUUGCCAAACAUCCAAAGGUACAUCGGGUCAGCUAUCCUGGGCUUGAAUCACAUCCAACGCAUGCGGCUGCAAAGAAAUAUAUGAAAAACUGGAGUGGAAUGAUUGGUUUCGAUGUUGGAACAGCUGCAAAUGCCAUUAAAGUUGUGGAGUCAGUACGUUUAAUCGUGCAUGCCGUAUCAUUGGGUGGGACAGAGUCGUUGAUUGAGCAUCCACUUUCAAUGACACAUGGAGGGGAACUUCUAAGGGAAGUGAAGGAACCUAUGGUCCCACCAGGACUGAUAAGGCUAAGUGUCGGACUGGAAAAUUCCGAAGAUUUGAUCAAGGAUUUGGACAGAGCCUUGGCAUUGAUCUGAAAGGGAAAUGGAACUUUCGAAUGCUAAAAACUUGAUGAUAGAGCAAUAAAAUGUUCUUGUCCAA